GUUGCAAAAAAAAAGACGUCAACUCCACUGCGUUUACCAGCGUCAGCAUCUGUAUGACGUCACCAUCACGUCGCUGUCGACUUCCGGUCCUGCUGCUAACCACCGAGGUCCACCACCACCAUGGAGGUGAACCGGGAUGAGGCGGAGCGGUGCAUCGACAUCGCCGCUGCGGCGCUGGGCAACGACCAGCCGGACAAGGCGAGGAGAUUCCUGGAGAAAGCCCAGAGGCUCUUCCCCACCGAGAAGGCGAGGGUGCUACUGAAGCUCAUCUCCAAGAAUGGCUUCACACCCAGACAUGCGGACUUGAAUGGAGACUCAGGACCUCGUCCACGACAGAACCAAAGUGACGGUAGCAGAGGUGAAGAGAAACCCUCUGAAACUUCAAAUUCCUACACCGCAGAGCAGAUGGAUUCUGUGCGAAGGAUCAAGAAAUGCAAAGAUUUCUACGAGAUCCUCGGCGUACAGAAGGACGCCUCUGAGGACGAGCUCAAAAGAUCAUAUCGGAAGCUGGCCUUAAAAUUCCAUCCAGAUAAGAAUCAUGCUCCCGGUGCAACGGAUGCAUUUAAAGCCAUCGGGAACGCGUACGGCGUGUUGAGCAACGCAAACAAAAGACGACAUUAUGACUCGUGCGGUGAGGAGAAGCGGCAUCCUUCCCGACAGGCAGAAGCCAACUUUGACGCGGAUAUUUCUCCUGAGGACCUCUUCAACAUGUUCUUCGGAGGAGGUUAUCCAGCAAGUAGUAACCACGCAUACACAACCGGGAGGAUGCGUCAACAGAGGCCACAAAGAAGAGAGCGACCACGAGACGGGGGCCUCGCCCUCUUUGUGCAAGUCAUGCCCAUCCUCAUCCUGGUUAUCGUGUCAGCUCUCAGCCAAAUCAUGGUCAAAAGUCCCGUCUACAGCCUCAGCUAUCGCCCGUCAGCAGGCCACACACAAAAGCGGCUGACGGAAAACCUGAAAGUGGCCUACUAUGUGGCAGAGCACUUUCCCAAAGAUGUCACCGAUGGGAAUCUCAAGCACUUGGAGCAGACGGUGGAGGACGAUUAUAUCUCCAACCUGCGUAACAAUUGCUGGAAGGAGAAACAGCAAAAGGAAGGCAUGCUCUACCGAGCACGCUAUUUCGGUGACACCGAUCUGUACCAGAGGGCGCAGAGGGCUCGAACGCCGAGCUGCGCCAAGCUGUCAGAGAUCACCGCGUCCGUACACGGCUGAUGUCGCCCUCGCCUUCCUCCUUAUUUUGACAAGCUGACCUGGCUGUAAAUAUCAGCUUACCUUCUAGACAAGACAAUUUGACAUGCAACACAAGACAAAGCAGCGCCUGCUAAACUGGUUAAAAGCCACGAAGCAUUGCGAAAAACGGUAAGGAUUAGCUCUAGGCCGCUAAGCGAAACAGUUUCAUGAGCCUGUGGCGCGGGACUUCUUUUUGGGGCCGUUUAAUUUAAUCUACAAGAAAGUUUGAGGCAUUCCGCUUCAGUCGUACCUUGGAAGCUAAUUUUUGAAUCUAUGCACAAGUCAUGGGAAAACACACACGUGUAUUGUCCGUCACGUCAACUCCAAUGUUGUCACUGAUGUCUCUUCCACAGUAAUGUGCAAAGGUUUUAUGAAAUGCACUAUUAGAUGAAUUGUCGGUUAUCACAUUAGUAACAUUAGCGGUAAACCUAAUCCUGCCCUAAAAACCCAACGCUAACCUUUAACCAGCGGUUGUCCUAUAUCCACCACUAACAACCUACACCCAUACACGGGCCCAUCAUCUCUUCUCGCAUCCAUUUGACAGAAGGUUAUUCCAGAAGGCGACAGAAGGGUGCAAAUUCCCCAUACAACCGCCAAUGAUUCACAUGCCACCGAUAGCAAUAGAAAAUUUGUUGCACGUGUCUUGGCAUCAACAACAGACAACUCACUGAAAGCAACCGCCCCGCACACAAGCAUGUGGAAAUGUUUAACUAAAAAUGAGGCCAGUAUCCAGAAAAGACUUGCAAAAUAUGCAAGUCUAUCCUUAAGUAUUGUAGAAACAAGGUGGAACGAUAGUUGACAUGUUACUAUUGACUAUUUAUUAGCUUGCUACUUAAGCUUUACUGUCUUUUUUUUAACCUCAAUCAGAAUUGUGUUAUUCAGUUCUUUGUUCGUUUCCACCUGAUCAUCUUGUCCUCUGCCCUAACCCAACCUCAACCCUAACACCUAACUCUUAAAUCCUUAACCCCUAACCUUAACCCUCUAACACAAACCUAACCGUUAACCCAACUCUAACCUUUGGGUUAAUCACUCUUACUGCAAAAAAAAAAAAAAAGUCAUUCAAAUGAGUCUAUCGGCGGCUUGAGACUUUUGCACAAUACUUGUUUUUAAUGAUUAUUUGGGUUGAGAAAAAUGGUAUGAUAAGCCCCGCUUGAAACUCUUCCCACCAUGUUUUUACUGCGCGAUACGGGAAAAUAAAAGUGGAAAUGCUCAACAACGACGUGGCCGCUUUGUGUUUCGGAGUUGAACAAACAAGAGUUAAAGCAAAGCACGCAGUCAGCACUUUUUUCAAGGCCGCAGCUGGGAUCGCCGCUCCCCGCACGUUCACAUUACUUGGCCGACGUGCCGCAUGUGCUCGGCAGGAAGUGCGGUGUCAUGUUCUCAAAAAGGCCUUCCUCCUGUGUCGCCAGGCAGAUUUUGGCUUCAGGUGGUCAUAGUGGGGGUGAACUUCAUGAGUAGUCCUCACUAGUGUUUUGAUCCAUAAAAUUUCCCAAAAUAUUCAAAUAAUUUGAAAGACCAAUAUAUGCCAAUAUAAAUUUUCUCUAUUUUAAUUAAGCCAACCAUCAUCAAGAGUAUAUAUGAUUGUUCAAAAGUGUGUUGCGCUUUAAAAUCACUGAUAGAAUGCAGGAAUAAGAAGGACUCAAUUUAAUAAAAAAAAUAAUUUAUUCUUUGCGUCUGUGUAAAUACAAAAAGCAAAACAAAAUUUGUGCAAACAAACUGCAAUGUCAUGAGUAUUUGAAUAUCAAAUAAAUAAGCGUCCACACUGGUAUGGAAUGAUGUCUGAUAUGAAGCUGUUAUGGCAAAUGAUAUGGUUUUGUUUUCUAAUUCUUUUUUUUUUUUUUAAUGACCACACAUAGCUGUAGCUGCCAUUUGGGCGGUUUCCAUAGAAACUGAGGUACACACUUGAGAAAGCUUCACUCGUACCAGGUUGACAUCCUUCUUUUUUAGAAGGUUACAGUCAUCUUCAGCAUUCCUCAAUCAGCAGAUCCUCGGAACAGUACAGUUUUUUCUUGAUGACGCGGAAUCCGGUGCUCAGCUUGAUGGCUUGUCUUCCCGCUGGCACUUUGGAAUUAAAAAGUCCUUGGAUCUUGGGCCACAGCCCACCGGACUCUAGCCUAAGCACCAGAGUCAGUUGAAAGGUGGGCACCAGGUAGGGGUCCGCCGAGAGCUGCGCCACGCUCUCGCACAGUGCCCCCCGCUCCACGCACAGGUCCACCAGGGCGCCACGCAGGCCGCACGGCUCGCUGGCCGCCAGGUGCAGGAGUUCGCCCCCAAUACGCUCCAGGAGCCGGUCGGGGAUGAGGAGCUUGGCGCAGCGCAGGGCGCACGCCGAGUCCUUUGCCUCGCGCAGGCUUCGUUCGAUCAGCUCCACCACCUUCUUCAAGACGGCCUCCUCGGUGGGGUCAUAGAAAAGAUCCUCCUCUGACAGGUCAGACGCUGUUGGGAUCAAAAGGAUAACGACAUUAGAACCCAGACGGGGCGAGUGGGUAAAAAAAACAACCCCGGCGUUCCCACUGAAGUCCUCAGUACCAAAUUGCACGUUUUACCCACCCGAGUCAGAGAGGUCGCUCCUGCUGCUGUUGUUGGACCUGGACUCCAUACUGUCAGUCAGUCUUUGCACCAGGUUGCCCCAAGAUAGCCUCCUGGGACUGCUGUCCACCGGAGACGGGGGCAAGCUGCCGGUUUGCACGUUUGAGGCACUCGAAUGCAUCGCCU